UCGCGAACCCAAACAAGACCAGCAUGAGAAGGACCUGUGCUUAGUGUUUUCGAGAUAGAGUGAGUUUGGUGUCAAGUGGCUCUCUGAUUUAGGCGAGAUGAGUGGGAGAAGUGGUUGUGGACUUAGUUUUAUUGGAAGUUCAAAGAGGUAAUGUAAAGAUGUCUAAGGAUCUACAAAGCAACCCCUUUGCUGCGCUGUUCAGCACUCUAAAAGAGGCCGAGCAGUUUCAGGCAGAACACCAGAAGCAGCAUGAUGAUGAGGAGGACAAUGAUUCACAAUCUGUGCUUCAGCAGUCUGGGGAAAGAGAAGAGCCUCCAAGAACCAGUCCAGUUGAUGGUGAUGCUGUAACAUCUUUCCUGGAGAGUCUCCUCCUAGUUACAACGAGGGAAGGACCCCACUCCCGUCCUCUUGUACUGCUGCCUGAUGCUGGAAACCUAGACACAGAAUCACUCCAGUUUGUCAUGUUUGAGAGACUUCUGCUGGAGUCCCCAGAUGCCUGCUUAGUUGGCGAUGGCAACAGAGGGAGGGAAGAGGCUGUGAGAUCUGAAGUUGUGGUAUAUCUUUGUGAGGUAUACUGUAGGUGCUGGGCAGUCCGUAGUAGUCCACACUUCCAUUUGGCUCAACAGGUACAAGCUGCAGUUAUUACAAACCUGGCCACAGCAUUAGAACAGCCAGAGUUGUAUGGAGGACAGCAGCCUGAUCGCCAAUUAAUUGAUAUCCUGCUGAGAGGCUUGGGUCAAGAGGCCGCUGUCGAGGACUUAACUCAGAAACUCCUCAAUCACCUUGCUGAUCAGGGAACUCCUGUGCCUCCAUUGUUUGAUGAGGUUAUAGUUACUAUCACGAAAAAACUAAUGCAUUGUUCACUCAUGACAGUUGACUAUCAGCUUGUGGAUGUUUUGGACUUUUAUGCAUCAUGUCCUCACAUAGCAGAAAUUCUCACCAAAACCCCAGACAAAGUAACACAAGACCGUUCUGGCCGAGGAUAUCAAAACACAACCCUAGGGGUUCUCCUGUCUAUAUCCUGCCUCCCCAAGCAUCCUGCUGGACAGUUUGAAUUUUUUGAGAAGCCAUCCUCGCAACCCAACCACACCCACAAAGACACGGAGAACAGCAUAUGGAUAGCACAGAACACAAUUAAUGCCAGGCUUCAUAAGAUAUUUUAUUCUCUUUUGAAGGUAUCACCCAGAGCAAAAGACGGACUAUUAACCUGGGUAGAGUCAUGCUUGGAAUCAAACAGUGGCCGUGCUGGAUUAUGGCACGUACAGGGAGGAAACCCUCUAGCAGCUGCUGUGUAUGUGUCUGAUGGCUUUAUGGUCAAUCUGGGAGUGGUAAUGCUGCAGUUAGCACAGCCAUUCACUCAAGACCUUAAUACUGCAAAGUUUUUAAAGAUUGACCCAACCUACUGUUCAGCCCCAAGAAUGAAUAAAGAGAAUGGUGUUGUAGGUGCAUAUACUGGAGAUUUAGGGCGACAGACCACCCUCAUCCCGCAGCAAGAGGACAAGCCACCCUUAUACCCUAAGCAAUAUUCGUUCAUCAGUUCUUGCUUCUUCCUAACUCAUCGAGCUCUUCACCUUGGGAUUCAGGUGGUGCAACAGAAGCUCAAUAAGCUCUCUCAGGAACUAGGACGGAUGCAGCAUGAGUUGCAAGAAGCUUCAGCUCAAGGUUCACCAGCUACAGAGAUGAUGCGCUCUCACAUGGAAACACGCACCACAAAUCUCCUUUCAUUUAAGGCAGCAAUAGUUGAACCUGUAAUGGUAGAAAAUUUAUUACAGUUCUUAGCAGCCAGUGCAGAAUGGCUGGUACAAAUUGCCCUUACCCCACAAGAUCAACCUACUCUACCUACCAGCUUAAGAGAAGUAAAAGCUCCACUGCCAGAGGAAGUGGAAAACCAUGCCUAUCUUGCUUGUAUUCCAGAAUUUUUGGUUGAGACACUGACAGAGACAAUCAGUGCUGUGAGACGAUAUAGUGCCCAAGUUUUUGAGAACAGUACUGGUACUCAAGUGCUGCCACAUCUAAUGUCUUUCAUAAUUGUCUUCAUGGGUUCCCCACAUCGCAUGAACAACCCACAUUUGCGUGCACAUUUGGCAGAGUGUUUGGAGACACUUUUACCAGAGAGUACUAACACUGGUGGACUGUUGGCUGGUUACAGAGAACAACUAUUUACAGCCCACCCAGCAGUCUCACAUCUUGUAACAGCUCUCAUACAUGUGUUUGUUAGUAUUGAAAUGACGGGACAAAGUGUCUCAUUUGAAGAUAAAUUUAACUACAGAAGACCUAUGUACGAGGUCAUGAAGUAUCUUUGGGAAUCCCCCAAACACCGAAAGAGCUUCACUCACUUGGCAGAUGAAGCCCUUGCCAACAUGGAAGCAGCCAAGCCACCCCUUUUCUUACGUUUUGUUAACUUGUUAAUGAAUGAUGCCAUCUUCUUAUUGGAUGAAGGGAUGUCUUACAUGUCGCAGCUGAGAGAGAGUCAGAUGGAAAGAGACAAAGGUGACUGGGCAUCCCUCCCCACAGAGCAACGUGCAGAGCGUGAACGCAGCAUGCAGCAUAUGAUGCUGCUUGCUCGCUUCCACAACAUGUUAGGCGGUCACACUAUAAAAACUCUGAUCAGGCUUACCAGAGAGAUUCCCCAAAUGUUCACCCAUUCCACUUUAGUUGACCGUAUGGCUGCUAUGCUUAACUAUUUUCUAUCCACUCUUGUGGGGCCCAAGCAAAGAAAUCUAAAGGUCCGUGAUAUGGAGAAAUAUGAGUUCCGCCCAGGAGAGAUAGUCACAGACAUCUGUACUAUUUACACACAUCUGUAUUCCGAUGCUGCAUUCUGUUUAGCUGUAUCUGCUGAUGGGAGGUCAUAUUCACCCAAGUUAUUCUCACAAGCACAGGAUGUGUUAUGUCGCAUUGGUCGUAGGGGUCUAGCUGAGGAGUUACAGACUGUGGCUGAGAAGGUAGAAGAGGCUGGACAAGUACAGGCAGAAGAGGAUGACAUAGUGGCUGAUGCUCCAGAAGAAUUUCUAGACCCUAUCAUGUCUCAUCUCAUGACUGACCCUGUCAUCCUUCCAUCAUCAAAGCUCACCUGUGAUCGCCAGACCAUUGCUCGACAUCUGCUUUCUGACCAAACAGAUCCUUUUAAUAGACAACCUCUGACCAUGGAAGAAGUUCAACCAAACACUGAACUUAAAAACAGAAUUGUUACUUGGCUUGAAGAAAUGCGAUCCAAGAGGAGAAAUAUUCAGAAGGAAAAGGAAUCCAAAGAAUCUUGAAAUACAAAGAGAGAUUAGUGGACUUUGCGAUCGAACAGAUUUAAAAUACAAGGUAGAUACAAGGGUACCUGAUUAUGCAAAUUACUUUAUAAAUUUCAGCAAAACUUUUUAUAUACAGUAAUACUGAAUGCAUUGCAGGACCUGAGAAUCAUUGUUCAGCAGGCCCCAAAAAAUUAUGAACAUUACAGUAAAUUUUAACAUAUGAUACAAAUUGGUACCUCUAACUGCAAUGUCAAAUACAAGUACCAGUGUAAUAAUAAAUACUGUUAUUUUAUUGUGUGCAAAAAAAUUCUUUACAGAAAUAAGAAAAAGGAGAGCUGAAUGUAUAUUGAGGACAAUUGCAGGAUGUAACUAUUAGAUAAACAAUGAAAAUACCAUAGAAAAAAAAGGAACUAAUCUUCUUAUUAAAUAUUGUUGUCCUUAAUUGCAAAUAAUAUUUCACAGAUACUUUUUUUUCAUUUAUUUGUAUAUAAAUGUGUGCAUAUGCAUUUUUUUGUUUCUUCUGUAUUUAAGUUUGAAAAAAGUUUGUUGUAUAUUACUCAUAUGAAAGUAUAGGGGUAUGACCUUGCAUUUUGUACUUCUACAAAUGAAGAAUUCUGUUGGUUUUCAUAUUGGAAACUAACCUGCAUAUUUGACAAUAUAUUAUAAUCCCUGUUAUCCACAUUUUUCUUGCAAAAGUGCACAAGCAAAAUCUUUUCUUUUUUUUAUAUAUAUAUAAUAUCAUAAUAUAAAUUUUAAUGGAAUCAUACUGAAAGUUUGCUUCAAAUCAAUAAAUUCAGUAUAAUAUAAUUGCUAACUUUUGUUCCUUCUUCAGGCUUUUGUUUGUCAUAAUGUUUUAUUUUGGCUUUAAAUGUAAUGAAAGUUUUUCCUUGUAGGUGGAACAUUGGAAAAUUACUAUGAUAUUUGAGAGCAAAACUGUAUUUUGUGAAAAAGAGACUAUGCAAAUUACGUUAAAUACUAUUUACUAUUUAGAUGAUAAAAAUUGUGUAUCAUAGUCCAGUAAAGUUAUUAUGUAACAGAACUUAAUUUUUGGUAUAUAAACUGCAGAAAGUAAUAUACUGCAGUAAUGACUUAAUGUACCUUUUGCUUUUGGUAUUUAGGUAUUAGUGUGGCAUGAAUUCAUAAGAAUUGGGUACCAGUUGUCUUUGGUAUGAGCUUUAUUGUACUUGGAUUCACUGGAAUUCUGAUGAAAUUUAUGGUUAUAUAUGAUAAUAAAAAUGUCCAGAGUUAUGUAAGCUGGAUUAUAUUUAAAAGUUUGGUAAUAAAGCAUCCACUAUUCCUUUCACAACACUAACAGCCACAUUCAAAGUUGCACACUCCAGUUCCACACUAGAAUAGGCCCAUGAAAGUUACUUCCCCCAAUACAUGUACCAAGUUAAAACCUUUAAAUAUGAUACUCCAGUUCAAACUGAAAGAUUCCCUGAUAUAAUUCAAAGGAAUUUAUUACAAAUUCAUAGCUGGAAAUAAUCCUAGUGGCCGAAGCUUUUUUUUUAAUUUUUCAAUAAACUUAAUCCAUUGGUGUUGGGUACAUGUCCACUAGUGUUUGUUUUGGGAAAUUUGUUUGCAAAGAUGACUCUCCAAAUGCUCUGCCAACAAGGAGUUCCUCUGUAGGACCUACUUGAUUACCCAUUCUUUGAAUUCUUAAGAUUUUUUUUUCUAAUGUUAUAUUAUAUCAUUGAUGUUAUGAUGAUUGUUUUUUUUUUUCCACCGUACUGUUAGCACUAGAAUUUAAAAAGAAUCUCAUAAUCAAAACAAAGGAUGUGAGAUAGGACUAGUAACUUGAAUAAAACUAAAAUCAUAGUGGCCAUGGCAUGUAUGAACAUGGCAUGUAUGUACAUGCCACUUCAGCAUCAAUGGGUUAACCAUUCAUUGAAGUAAUUAACUAAAAUCUGUGUUUGCAGUUGAAUCUUCAAAACUCAACUCCAUGAAUAUUUAUUCACCUAGGAUAUUGCAAAUUAUACUAGGAAAAUACAGAAUAUGCCAAAUGACAGACUUAAUAUGGAUUCUUGGAUUAUGUUACUGUUAUGUAUUUUGAUUCAAUAAACUUAUAUUAGGUCAUCACUUGUAAUACACAUUAUCAGUAAUAUCAUGAUGUAGAUAUGGAUAACAGUGUGGGAGUGCUCUGAGGUUCAUGUGUGCAAUGUUGAAUAUGGAUGUUAAAACUCCUUUCGAGAAAGUUUCCAUGAAAUACAUACAUGUAUUUACAUCCUUUUCAAUAUUUUUCUUUGUUUUCUGUAAAAUUGUUGACUACUGUCUAGCAUUUUCUUCUUAAUCUGUGAAUAGAACAUACAUACUAUUUGAAUGCAAGAGCUUAGUGCAUAAUUUAGGUGAAUGUUAAUGAACUUCAUAUGACACUAAUAUAAAGCAUUAGUUUAUGUGGAUAGGGGAGGUUAUAUGUAAAAUUAAAUUCUUUUUAAUUUAACGAAUUUCAGUGAUUUAUUUUCUUCUAGAUAUUAGGGUGUGUAUUAUGGUGAGUGUGAAGGGCAUAUAAUGUUUAUAUUUACUGAAUGUCUCAAUGUUAUUGAAAGUGCAUGUUUUUUAUGUCUAGAAACCAAAGUAUUGAACUGUAUUGCAACUCAGUCAUCAUAGUGUGUGGGUCAGGUAUCUAGAGAUUAAAUGGGAACUGAUCGGUGGUAACAACACAAUGAAGAGAUACAAGAUUUGAUGAUACAAAUUAUUAGUCUAUAUUGAAUUUGAGUCAAGAUAUAAAUGAAACUUUUUGAUUGGUUAUUGUUAACAAACUGUAUACUUGAUAUGUUGAACUGGCAGUAGGCAAUACUUGAUAAAUGGACACAUUUAUAUGAAAUUAUUGUUUCUAA